AUGGCUGUGGGCGGUGAGAACGGUGUUCUCCUCAACGGCGGCGGUAACCAGUCGAACGGGGCUGGCGACCAUCACAUCCGCCGAAUUCCGCUUUCCUACGACGGUGCCAACUCCGAAGAAUCAGCCCUUGAACUCGUCCUCACGAUCCGCCCAGACUGGGCCGAUACUGCGUCCAACAAGGUCGAGUUUGUGCGCUUCACAGAUGGCAUCACCAAUACCCUGCUGAAGGCGAUCAACAAGCGCCCAGGGCUCUCCAAGGAAGAGGUGGACGGCGAGGCUAUUCUGCUACGUGCCUACGGUAACGGCACCGAUGUUAUUAUCGACCGGUUCCGUGAGACGCAGAACCAUGAGCUGCUGAUGAGACAUGGACUGGCCCCAGAGCUGCUUGCGCGCUUCGAGAACGGGAUGAUGUACCGCUUCAUCCAGGGAUCGCCCACUCAGCCCGAAGACCUGCGCAAGCCCGUCAUUUACAAGGCUGUAGCGCAACGUCUGGCUCAGUGGCAUGCUGUGGUUCCCUGUAUCAAGGCUCCCACGGGACACAGCCGCAAGAACUCGAGAGCAGAUGGGCCUGUGACGCUGGACAGCAACCUCGGGGAUGCCGAGUUUCAGAAUGUUAUCGACAAUGUUGCCCCAGGAAAGCCGCCCCCGAAUGUGUGGACUGUGAUGCAGAAAUGGAUCUUUGCUCUGCCUACAGAUACGGAGGCGCAAAGAGCUCGUCAAGCCGAGUUGCAAAAGGAGCUUACAUGGCUGGUCUCGCAGCUGAGCCAGCGGCCCGGCCUGGGUGUGAACGGGUUGGUCUUUGCGCACUGCGACUUGCUCAGCGGCAACGUCAUCGUUCUCCCCAAAACCUCACAGGGUGUAACAAACGGUGACAAGGCUACCGAAAAUGUCACCUUCAUCGAUUACGAAUAUGCUACCCCGUCCCCCGCAGCCUUUGACAUCGCCAACCACUUUGCUGAGUGGGGCGGCUUCGACUGCGACUUCAGUGUUCUUCCCACUCGGGCUCAGAGACGCCAGUUCAUUGACGAAUACAUCCGCGCCUACUUUGCUUACCGGGAAGAGAAGAAGCCCGGUGCUGCUGCUGGUGUUGACCAGAAGGCCGAGGUGGAACAGCUACUCACAGAGGUUGACCACUUCCGCGGCGUCCCAGGGUUUUACUGGGGCAUCUGGGCUCUUAUCCAGGCCGAGAUUUCCACCAUUGACUUUGAUUAUGCCUCGUACGCCGAGAUCAGGCUCGGAGAGUACUAUGCCUGGAAGGACGAGGUGACAGGCACAAGACCAAAAGACGGAAAAGAAGCGCCCCUCAGAGAAAGGAGAUGGGCUCAGGAGGAGUAA